AUGGCGGCGUAUAGUCGGAACGGUUUUCGUUGGUCAUUAAAUCCGCUUCUUGCUAUUGUUGCAUUUUGUGAAUUUUGGCUUGCUAUUAGCCACCUGCUAUUUUGCUCACCGUUAUUUCCUUUCUUAAUACCACUCAUUGCCGCUGUUUUCGCUUUGAUUACCGCUUUUCAUGCUCUUUUUCUACGUUUUCCAAACAGAACGGACUUUGUACUUCAUUGUUGUUCUGCAGCUUUGGGAUUUAUUCUUCUAAUAUCAUCGAUUACUGAAACAUUUUGUGGGGUGGAUGCAGAUGGAAUUUCAAUGUUGCAAGCAUUAUGUUAUGGUCUAACAUAUCGGACAUCAAGUUAUCAGAAAUCUUGCAACGAUUUCUUGAAGCCAUUUCAUGAUUCAUUGCUAUUUAAAUUGAACAUAACCUUUCAUACAAGUUCAAUAAAUUUCAUGACAUCAUUCUUAUUGAGUGGAUUUGCAUUAGCACAUACUGCCACCUCGACAGCUCUUGCUUACUACAGUGCGAAUGAGAACGGGUAUUUGAUACGUUCUUAUCAUGGUCAACUGCUGGUUAGCAUAAUGAUGAUACCCGCUGCAUUGCUUCAUCAUUCCUACUGCUGCACAUAUUUUUACCUGUGGCCUGCUGUUCCUGUCGGUCUCUAUACUGCGUUUCAGUGUAUUCUUACCUGGAAAUACCAAUAUCGAGGCAAAUUUGUUCGACUAUCAAAUAUAUUUGGUUCAGGUUUUGCGAUGGCAUUGGCUGCUGUUGCUUCGUUUGGAAUGUUUUGCAUUUUUGCGAGAUAUUCAAUGAAUCAUUUCCCAUUUCAACGUCAUUGUUACUCGCCAGCAUUCGCUUAUCAUUACUGCUAUCGAGUUAUAGACUUUCGUAAUCCGUAUACUGAGUGGAAACGAGAGUAUAUUGUGGCUGAAACGAGUGCAAUUCAAAUUCUCGUCAACUUAUGAAUGCUGUAUGAAAAUGAACUAUGA